AUGCCGAGUUCUUGCAAGGAGUUGAGAGCCGCUCUGGCGCAAUGCCUCCAGGAGUCGGAAUGCGUCAUGGUCCAACGAAACUCGGCGGCCGACUGCCUCCGCCCACCCCUCGUCGACACGCUCCCGCCGAAAUGCCAACAGCUCAAGAAAGGUUUCGGCGAGUGCAGACGCGGGCUGGUCGACAUGCGCAAGCGAUUCCGCGGCAACGUUCCCGUAUCGUACCAGACGAUCCAGAAGGCCGAUGAAGAGGGCAAGGGAUACCAGCUCUAUGCCGGAAAGUCUGCUUUCGGUGGCGGGGUCAAGAUCACGAGCGGCGACGAGCAGGAGCAAGAUUGGAGGGAGGUGGCGAACGAAAAGUACCGCGCCGAGGCGGCGGCAGCAGCUAAAUCUGACGCGCCCACUAAGUCAUCCUUCGACUCGUCUUCGGGUGGCGGCGGCUUCUUCCUCCGCGCCUUCACAGUUUAG